AUGGCGCAGCAAGGUUGGGGUGAACCGCCUAAACCUAAUUUGUCUGACAGCUGGGGUGAACCUCCUCCAAUAUCUAACCCGUCUGGCUGGGGACCAGAUAUUCAAUGGAAUGCACCUUCCGUGACAACGAGCGUUACAUCUAAUGACAACGAAAAUUCAAAUAACAACGGUCAGGUGAUUGAACCCAAUGACAAUGCUGGUGUCGAAACUGAAGAUUGGGACCCAAGCUAUGACAAUAUGAAAUCUGAACAUCAAACAGUGCGUGCGAAAACUGUGGAAGAGUCAUUCUCAAAUCAAAAAAGACACGACAAUUUUCUAUUUGAGCUGGAACAUGAUCAAAGCAAUGGUACACUUGAAGCGUCAUCUACUUCAGCUCCUCACAAUCAUCGAAAAGACGCUUCUACCCAAACCGACCCUGGAAAAUGGAUACCCGCGUCGAGCAUUAUCGAUAUUGAUCAGUCACAAACGUAUGAUAACACAAUCACGAGUCCCGAUUUAACGCCGAAACCAACUGCUGAAAAAAUGAAAACUAAACCUCAGUUUGCGAUCGAUAUACCGCCGAGCGUAUCCUAUCAAAAGUCGUAUCCUCCGGUAGCAUGGGGUAUGGCUCGUGACAAGAGUGUCUAUUCUCCAUCACGGAGUCCGACUUUUGCUUUUAAAUAUGUAGCUACGGACUUCGAUACUAACGUUGAAAAUAAUAUUAACCCUGAAAAUUCGUCAUCAGGGAUCGAUUCGUCUGAUACGGCUGUAAAAACGACAAACGGCUCUACAUCGAAUCAAGAAAAUGCUUCAUCUAUUAACCUUACUACUACUCAACCAACUAAUGACUCGGGUAAGUCAGAAGAUGGCCAAUGGAAUCGAUCGGCGGUUGACGAGACAGUCACUCGUGCACAUACACAAAGAACUGGUGAUUAUAAAAAAUCAGUGCCCAAUGCACCAAUUGCAGAUGUCCAUUGGAGUCAAGGUAGCUCUUCAAAGUCCAAUGCCGAAAAACCAUUUGCCACUGAAAAAAAUAAUAAAUUGGAAAAUUCACCCAAUUCCAAUUCUUCAACUAUAAAAGCGACGGAUUCAGGGAAAGAUAACGAAAAUAAAGACGUUUUUGGCACACAAGUUGUUGAAUGGGAAAAAUCCAACUUCAAUCUGACGACAAAGACUUCUACAGAUUUGUGGAAUCAAUAUUCUAAUCGGAGUGCUAUUCCAAGCGACUCAGCAAUUGAUAGUGGCGAUAAUAAUAAUUGGGCGAAACAGGUCGCUACAUCGGAAACUCAGCUAAACAAGAACGAUAAUCAAACAAACGAUGCCACUAAAGGUUCCCAAUUUGAUUGGGGAGCUACGCCAAGUACAUUCGAAGCUCAACCAAGCAAUAAGCAGGCCGCUUCGCUCUUAGCUCGGCUAAACAAGAACGAUAAUCAAACAAACGAUGCCACUAAAGGUUCCCAAUUCGGUUGGGCAGCUACACCCUCUACAUUCGAAGCUCAGCUAAAUAAGAACGAUAAUCAAUCAAACGACGCUAAUAAAGGUUCCGGAUUUGGUUGGGGAGCUGCGCCAGCUAGCAGUGAUCAUGAUUGGAAGAAGCAGGCCGCUACGCUCGAAGCUCAGCCAAACAAGGACGAUAAUAAAGGUUCCCAAUUUGGCUGGGGAGCUGCACCCUCUACAUUCGAAGCUCAGCCAAACAAAAACAAUAAUCAAUCAAACGAUGCUAAUAAAGAUAUUGGUUGGGGAGCUGCUCCAGCUCGCAGUGAUAAUGAUUGGAAUAAGCAUGGCGCUACGUUCGAAGCUCAACUAAACAAGAACGAUAAUCAAUCAAACGAUGCUAAUAAAGAUUCCGGAUUUGGUUGGGGAGCUGCGCCAGCACCAGCUACAGCUAGCAGUGAUAAUGAUUGGAAGAAGCAGACCACUACGUUUGAAGCUCAGCUAAACAUGAACGAUAAUAAAGGUUCCCAACUUGGUUGGGGAGCUACACCAGCUACAUUUGAAGCUCAACCAAACAAGAACGAUAAUCAAUCAAACGACAUCAAUAAAGGUUCCCAAUUUGGUUGGGGUGCUCCAGCUAACAAUGAUAAUGAUUGGAAUAAGCAGGCCGCUACAUUCAAAGCUCAGCUAGAUCAAAAAGGUGGAUCUGAUUUUUCAAAGGACAAUAAUAAUUAUGGUGGAGGUUACGGGGGAGAUAAUUUCAAUGAUAAAUCUAGUAACUCUUACUCAGCUGCUGGUGGUGCUAGUUAUGGAGUAGGCCGAGGCUGUCGAAACUGCGGUGAAGAAGGUCACUUCGCCCGUGAGUGUCCUAACAAGAAAAGAGGCGGUGGUGCUUGUCAUAAAUGUGGAGAAACAGGUCAUUUUGCACGCGAAUGUCCAAAUGAAGAUAAUUCUGGGGGUCCCCGAAGUAAUACUUGUCAUAAGUGUGGAGAAGAAGGUCAUUUUGCGCGUGAUUGUCCUAAACAAUGGCAAGAAGGUAGUUCUGGAGGUUACCGAGGUGUUGGUGUAUGUUAUCGAUGUCAAAAGCCGGGCCAUAUAUCGAAAGAAUGUCCAGAAAAUCCAUAUGGCGAAGAAAGCAGCUUCAGGUCACGAACUAAACCAAGUCCUUGGACAAAUCCUGAUCCAGCUACACUUUCGCCUGAAGCCGCUUGGAACAAAAUACUACAAGCCUGCAGCGAAAAUGAAAUCACAGAUUUCAGAGAGGCUUUUGAAGAGUAUGCAAAAUCAUCGGGUGAAACCUUCCAAAGCAUAGAAGAGAAGUUGAGGCAAGCCGAUUGUCGAGGUAGAAUUAUAGCUUUGGAACGGGAAAUUCCUUUUAAUAAAAUUUUAAUCGAUCUGCAAGGAAACAUCGGCAAAACGUAUGUAGCGACUCUUAUAUUGGGUGACAUUUCGCGACUUCGUAAAACGGCCGGUAAUCUUCCUUCUUCGCAAGAGGAGAAUAUGAGAUGGUUAGCAGAUUCUGGUUUUAUACGGGAUAAUUAUGAGCCAAUAUGUUACAAUUGCAAGGAAAAAGGUCAUGUUACAAGAGAUUGCCAAAUGCCAAAGAAAGAAAUUGAAAAGAAAGCCCCUAUUAAAUGUCAAAACUGCAAAUCAGAACAACACAUUACUAGAGAUUGCCGCGAAGAAUUAAAAAAUCUUGAUUCAAGAGGCGCACGAGAUGAUGGCGGAUUUGGUGGCAGUCGUGCUGCUGGAUUUACAUGCCACAAUUGUGGCGGCGAAGGACACAUGUCUCGCGAAUGUACUGAACCAAAAAAACGAAGACCUUUAACAUGCCAUCUCGCUCGAGAUUGUUCUACUGACGGGGGAAAACAAGAUAAUUACGGAUACCCUUAUGGUGCUAGCGGCAGUGAUUCAUAUAACGAUUUCGGCUCUAAAAGCACUCCUGCUGGUACUUGGGAUCCGGAUAGCGCGCCGUGGAUAAAUAAUGAUAAUUCUACGUCAAAACAAGAGGCCUCGUCUUCAUGGAAUAACACUGCUUCAGCAAGCAAAGGUACUUGGGAUCCGAAUAACGCGCCGUGGACGAACAAUGAUAAUAAUCCUACGUCAAAACAAGGGGUCUCGGCUUCAUGGGAUAACGCUAAUAAUUCUUCAGCAAACAAAGGUACUUGGGAUCCGAAUAGCGCGCCGUGGAUGAAUAAUGAUAAUUCUACGUCAAAACAAGGGGUCACGUCUUCAUGGAAUAACACUACUUCAGCAAACAAAGGUACUUGGGAUCCAAAUAGCGCGCCGUGGAUGAAUAAUGACAAUAAUUCUACGUCAAAACAAGGGGUCUCAUCUUGGAAUAACACUAAUAAUCCUUCAGCCAACAAAAAUACUUCUUCCUGGGAUAAAUAUAAUAAUUCCCCUUCUAAUCAAGCACCACCAAGUCGACAGGGUGCCCCAUCCUGGGAUGACAAAAAUAUUACUUCACGUAAGCAAAGCAUCUCGUCCUGGGAUGCUAAUAACAAUAAUCAAACUCCACCAAGUCGACAGGGUGCCCCAUCCUGGGAUGACAAAAAUAUUACUUCACGUAAGCAAAGCAUCUCGUCCUGGGAUGCUAAUAACAAUAAUCAAACUCCACCAAGUCGUCAAGGUGUUCCAUCCUGGGAUGACAAAAAUAUUACUUCACGUAAGCAAAGCAUCUCGUCCUGGGAUGCUAAUAAUAAUAAUAAUCAAGCUCCACCAAGUCGCCAGGCUCCACCAAGUCGCCAGGGUGCCCCAUCUUGGGAUAACAAAAACAUUACUUCACCUAAGCAAAGCAUCUCAUCAUGGGAUGAUAAUAAUAAUAAUCAAACUCCACCAAGUCGUCAAGGUGUUCCAUCCUGGGAUAACAACAAUAGCACUUUCGCUACACAACAAAGACCCUCAACUUGGAAUAAUAAUCAGAUUUCAUCAAACCAAUUAGGCGCCUCGUCCUGGGAGAACAAUAAUCACACAUCAAGUAUGCGAGCACCCCCGGCUUCACGGGAUAAUAAUAACCAUAAUCGAGAGGCAGCUUUUCAGGGUGGUAACAACUGGACUCGACAAACAACUCAAUUAUCGAAUAAUGCAGAAACUGAGUUACCGUGGAAAAUGAAUGCAUCCGUACCAAACCCAGAAUCCUCAACAACUUGGAAUAACAAUCAAAAAUCACCUGAACAAAUGCCAUGGAGAAACAAUAUAUCCACCCAACAGCAAACAACUUCCUCAUGGAAAAAUGAGAAACGUAAAGAAGCUCAACAGGAAGUAAUGCCAUGGAACAACAACAGUAGCCGUGCUGCUCCGUCUAUUGAUUCGCGGGGGUCCCAAUCUACGCGGAAUGUAGCAGUUAACCAAAAUUCAUGGGAUCAACCUGUUGUAAAUCUUCCUAAUGCAUCGGCAAAUAAUCAAGAUACUCGGACUUCCCGACCUACACGGAAUGCAAAUGCUUCAUAUAAUUCAUGGGAUAGUCCAUAUCAAGAACCUCAAUUACGAAGAAAUAGCAAUCAAAGUGAUGGAUCUAAUAGAAAAUCUGGUGGAUCUCAGCGGGGAGAUAACAGCAACAAUCGGUGGUAA